AGGGGCUUUAAAGAGCAUGCAGGAAAGCAAGACACCGCAAGGGAUCACUUAGGGACCAACGGAACGAGACCGAGAGACUCUUGGAGAGACAAAGGCUAAAGCGGAUUGAAUAUUUAGGAGAAGCGGGGGAGUUCGGGUUUCCGGGGUCGGUCCUGACCCGAGUUGAGCAGGUAGACCCGGUAAACCAGGGUGAGCCAGUGCCGCUGUGGCUGCUUCGCCUCAGGUGCAUUCCUGCAGGUGCCACUGCAGGGCUCUUUCUUGCGCCCACCCCUCCGCCCCUGACACCCCCUGGGCGGGCGCGCCCUGCAGAUGCUGCUGAUCCCAAACGCAGCCCCGAGGUCCAGGAAGUCAUCCAAUACCCCUGGCACCGGUAUCCUUGAUCAGAUAGUGGCCUCUGUUCAUCAGUCCCACCUGAGAAGAACAGCCCCUCGGAAGGAAAUCUAGAACAGGUGCGAGGCCACCAACGCCAUGUUCUGCACGAAGUUGAAGGACAUCAAGAUCACAGGGGAAUGCCCUUUCUCCUUCCUGACGCCAAGCCAAGGCCCCAAAGAAGCAGCAGAGGAGGUAGCAGGAGGCUCAGAGAGCUUCCAAGCAACCUUGCCCCUCUGUCAGGAUGUUCCUGAGAAGAACGUGCAAGGAACUCUUCCUCAAAGGAAGACCAGUCGGAGCCGAGUCUAUCUUCACACUUUGGCAGAGAGUCUUUGCAAAUUAAUAUUUCCCGAGUUUGAACGGUUAACUCUUGCACUUCAGAGAACACUGGCAAAACAUAAGAUGAGAGAAAUCAGGACCUUUUCGGAAAGAGAAGACUUUGAAAAUAUCAUUGCAGAUCAAGCAAUUGCAACAGGCAUCCCAAUGGAGGUCAUCAGAGAAUCUCUGGGUGAAGAGCUCUUCAAAAUACGGUAUGAGGAAGAUGAGCAUAUCCUCAGGGUGGUCGGAGGAACCCUCAAAGAUUUUUUAAACAGUUUUAGUACCCUUUUGAAGCAGAGCAGCCACUGUCAAGAAGCAGAAAAGAGAGGUGGCUGUGAUGACGUCUCCAUUCUUUGCCUGGAUAAAGAUCACAAUUUCUUAAAUGUGUACUAUUUCUUCCCUAAGAAAACCACGUCCAUGAUUCUUCCUGGCAUUAUUAAGGCAGCUGCACAUACAUUGUAUGAAACGGAAGUGGACGUGUCCUUAAUCCCUUCCUGCUUACAUAACGAUUGCAGUGAGUUUGUUACCCAGCCCUAUUUGUCAUACUCUGUCCGCGUCAAAAGCAACAAGCCAUCCUUGUCCCCAGGCAAACCCCAGUCCUCUCUGGUGAUUCCCACAUCCCUCUUCUGUAAGACAUUUCCGUUCCAUUUCAUGUGUGACAAAGACAUGACGAUUCUACAAUUUGGCAAUGGCAUUAGGAGACUGAUGAGCAGGAGAGAUCACCAAGGAAAGCCUAAUUUUGAAGAAUACUUUGAAAUUCUUACUCCAAAAAUCAACCAAACAUUUAGCGGAAUCAUGACUAUGCUGAACAUGCAGUUUGUUGUACGAGUGAGGAGAUGGGACAAUUCCGUGAAGAAAUCUUCAAGGGUUAUGGAUCUCAAGGGCCAAAUGAUCUACAUUGUGGAAUCCAGUGCUCUCCUGUUCUUGGGCUCACCCUGUGUGGACAGACUAGAAGAUUUCACAGGGCGAGGGCUCUACCUGUCAGACAUCCCAAUUCAUAACGCCCUGAGGGAUGUGGUCUUGAUAGGUGAGCAAGCCCGAGCUCAAGACGGCCUGAAGAAACGGCUGGGGAAGCUCAAGGCCACCCUGGAGCAAGCCCACCAUGCCCUGGAGGAGGAGAAGAAGAAGACAGUAGAUCUUCUAUGCUCUAUAUUUCCCAGUGAAGUGGCGCGGCAGUUAUGGCAAGGGCAAGCUGUUCACGCCAAGAAGUUCAAUGAUGUCACCAUGCUUUUCUCAGACAUUGUUGGCUUCACUGCCAUCUGCUCCCAGUGCUCCCCCCUGCAGGUCAUCACAAUGCUGAAUGCACUCUACACCCGCUUUGACCAGCAGUGCGGAGAGCUGGAUGUCUACAAGGUGGAGACCAUAGGCGAUGCAUAUUGCGUGGCUGGAGGGUUACACAAAGAAAGUGACACCCAUGCCGUUCAGAUAGCCCUGAUGGCCCUGAAGAUGAUGGAGCUCUCUGAUGAAGUCAUGUCCCCCCAUGGAGAACCCAUUAAGAUGCGAAUUGGACUGCAUUCAGGAUCGGUGUUUGCUGGAGUUGUGGGAGUUAAAAUGCCUCGCUACUGUCUCUUCGGAAACAAUGUCACCCUGGCAAAUAAAUUUGAGUCGUGCAGUAUCCCGAGGAAGAUCAAUGUCAGUCCAACUACUUACAGAUUACUCAAAGACUGCCCUGGUUUUGUGUUUACCCCUCGAUCGAGGGAGGAGCUACCACAAAACUUCCCCAGUGAAAUUCCUGGAAUCUGUUAUUUUCUGGAUGCUUAUCUACAAGAAACAAAUUCAAAGCCGUGGUUCCAAAAGCUAGAUGGUGAAGACGGCAAUGCUAAUUUUUUAGGCCAAGCCUCAGGAGUGGAUUAGCGACGUGUAGACCUGAAGGACUUCGAGGUUUGACUUUCUGAGGAUAUCUGGGACCUCGGAAGGCGUUCUAAGAGGGAAGAUGGCCAGAGAACAGUAUUAAACUAUCAGCUUCAUCACUAUCUACUCUCUGUCCCACUUCACAUGAAAAAUACACAUGUUCACUUCAAUGUUUCAAAGCCUCUGUUUCAAAUAAGAGACUCAAUAAGGAAAAAUUUAGGCAAUUUCUGUUAUGUAACAACCACUCCCUGUAUUCAGAAUUGAACACAUUGUACAUAGACCUGGUCGUCGUAGUGAACUCUCUGAAGUGAUGGAGCUGCCUGCAGUUUUGUGUCCUGGUGCAAUGCCAUGGUUAUCAAAGUGUAUUUGUGAUAGUUUUGGCUUAAAGAAGCUUUUCGAAUAGAAAUUAUAUUCUUUGAUACAAUAUGUUCUUUCAACUCUGCAUUUUAUUAUUACAUAUUCUCAUUUUAAUUCCUAUAAAAAAGUAGACUGAAGUGUGAUUAUUACCAUUUCUUCAUUUUGAGUUCUUUUAGAAAAUAACCCAUUAUGGGUUAGAUGCAAUACAAAUAAUACAGUAGGUCCUCUGUAAGUAUUAAUAAUUAUGUUUGGUUCUUGAAGUUAAGAAAUAUUCUCCAUAAAAGACUAUGUCAUAACAAUAAACAUUUCCUUUUGCUUGCCA